GCUUCCGCCCGCCCGCCCGCGACAGUCACGCGCGCACACCAUUCCACGCACGUCUGCUCCGCUGCGCCGCCUGCGCCCCGUGGCCAGCGUCAGGCAUCAGCCCGUCCUCCUCCCUCCCCUCUCUUCCUCCCCUCCCCUCUCCUCCACUCCACUCAACUGUCACACGCCCCGCCCGCGUAGCCAGCACAGGAGCGCGGGCGGCAAGAGCAAGUUCUUGUCAGCGCAGACGAGGCACAGCUCGGGGCUGGGACGCCAAUGGCGCGACGGCAUGCGGCGGCGGUUUCCGCGUUCCUCUUCUUGCUGCUCGUGGGGCACUGCCACGGCGGCAAGACCGGCAUCUGCUACGGACGCAACGCCGACGACCUGCCGGGGCCCGACAAGGUGGCGCAGCUCGUCCGGCAGCAGUCCAUCAAGUACGUGCGCAUCUACGACAGCAACGUCGACGUCAUCAAGGCCUUCGCCAACACCAGCGUCGAGCUCAUGGUCGGCGUCCCCAACGCCGACCUCCUCGCCUUCUCGCAGUACCAGUCCAACGUCGACACCUGGCUCAAGAACAGCAUCCUCCCAUACUACCCGGCCACCGUCAUCACCUACAUCACCGUCGGCGCCGAGAUCACGGAGAGCCCCAUCAACGUCUCCGCCCUCGUCGUGCCGGCCAUGCGCAACGUGCACGCCGCGCUCAAGAAGGUCGGCCUGCACAAGAAGAUCACCAUCUCCAGCACGCACUCGCUCGGGGUGCUGUCCCGGUCGUUCCCGCCGUCCGCGGGGGCGUUCAACAGCAGCUAUGCGCACUUCCUGAAGCCCAUGCUGGAGUUCCUCGUGGAGAACCAGGCGCCCUUCAUGGUCGAUCUGUACCCCUAUUACGCCUACCAGAACUCGCCCAGCAAUGUCUCGCUGAACUACGCCCUCUUCUCGCCGCAGUCCGAGGGCGUGAUUGAUCCCAACACUGGAUUGGUCUACACAAACAUGUUUGAUGCGCAGGUCGAUUCCAUCUUCUUUGCGCUCAUGGCUCUGAACUUCAAGACACUCAAGAUCAUGAUCACCGAGACAGGAUGGCCACACAAGGGAGCUGCUAAGGAGACAGGGGCUACUCCGGAUAAUGCUCAGACUUACAACACCAAUCUGAUUCGUCAUGUUGUUAAUGACAGUGGCACGCCUGCGAAGCCCGGAGAAGAAAUAGAUGUCUACAUCUUCUCCUUGUUCAAUGAGAACAGGAAGCCGGGCAUCGAGUCGGAGAGGAACUGGGGACUCUUCUCUCCAGACCAAAGCUCCAUCUACAGCAUAGACUGGACUGGCCGAGGAAAUGUGGACAUCAUGACCGGAGGAAACCGUUCAAAUGGCACUUGGUGUGUUGCUUCAACCAAUGUCUCGGAGACGGCUCUGCAGAAUGGCCUGAAUUGGGCAUGCGGUCCAGGCAAUGUCGAUUGCUCUGCUAUUCAGCCAAGCCAACCCUGCUACCAGCCCGACACAUUGGUUUCACAUGCUUCAUAUGCAUUCAACAGCUAUUAUCAGCAAAAUGGAGCUACUGAUGUGGCUUGUGGAUUUGGUGGUGCUGGAAUGCGGACGACCAAAGAUCCAAGUUAUGACACUUGUGUUUACAUGGCAGCCGGGUACAAAAAAAAAACUCUCCGAUCUCUCUUUGCAAAUGUGAUGAACAUGCCCACCUACUGGUCCGAUCAACAGUUUGCACUAACUAUUGUUUUUCUUCUUCUUUCUUACAGCAGCAAGAUUAGCACCAAAAAUUCAACCGCCACUCCAGCUCCAAGCGGCUCCAGUCCGUCACUGCUGGCCCAAUGCCGCACCCUGCUGCUCCCUGUGCUUCCCAUUGUGAUUGCCUUAGGCUUUCUGUGAUUUUUCGGAGCACGCUCUAGUUAGUACGUUCGGAUCGAAGGUGGGAGGCUAAUUGCCUAAUACUAGGAACCAGUAAUGUUCUGAUGUAUGGUGAAAGGUGGCAGUAGGGACCUAGUAUUAUGCAGUAUGUUAUUAUCUAUGGAUGUGCAUCGCUGCGCGGACAAUAUAUGUUAGUUGCCACUGAGAACUAGAAAUGUGUUGUGCCGAUGUGGUCUCUAA